AUGGGGAUCUACAUUAUGUGGUUAGGUCCUCAGACGGUGUCUGACCCGAUGGCACAAAAAACGGCCGAAAGCAUCCAGUGCACGGACAGGCUGAGCUCCUCGACUGUUAACCACGUAAUAAUAGAGUUCGUGAUGUACUGCGGGAGAGCGGUGUUCAUCUGCUACCCUGUGUAUCUGUUAGGCUAUCUGGGCAUCAACAUCAGCUGGGUGUUGCUGUGCGUGUUUAUGCUCACCUACUGGAAGAAAAAUCGCCAAUGGAAAGUCGCCCGGAUCACAUCAGCCAUCGAGUUAGUGGACAAUGAAAAACGCGCGAUCAAAACCGAGCUGAGAAGUGCCUUACCGAUGGCAUCCUGGGUGCAAUUCUCUGACGUAGAGAAGGUUCACUGGCUCAACAAGGUGUUGAAGCAGGCGUGGCCUUUUUUUGGGACGUACAUGGAGAAGCUACUUAGAGAAAACAUCCAGCAGUCCAUCAGGUUCUCCAGUCCUUCACUGAAAACAUUUACUUUUACCAAAAUCCACUUUGGGCGCAUUCCUCUCAAGAUCACUGGAAUAAGAGCAUACACACAUGAAGUGGAACAUAGGGAAGUGAUUCUGGACAUGAACAUAAGUUAUGACGGUGAUGUGGACAUUCGUGCUGACAUGAACUCAGCAAUGACAGCUGGUGUGAAAGGCGUUAAACUCCAGGGGAUGAUGAGAGUUAUUUUAGAGCCUCUUAUUGGUCAAACACCGCUGGUGGGAGGAGUCACUUUUUUCUUCAUUCGCCGCCCUACAUUAAAAAUAAACUGGACUGGCAUGACAAACCUUUUGAGCAGCCCUGCCUUUAGUUUACUGUCAGAGGAGACCAUCAUGAACAUCAUUGCUUCUUUUAUAGUGUUGCCCAACCGCAUGUGUAUUCCCCUCAUAGACCAGGUCAAAAUGGACCAAAUGAGGUUUCCACUUCCUCGUGGGGUGGUGAGGGUCCACUUGCUGGAAGCCAGGGACCUGCUGGCCAUGGACACAUACGUGAUGGGUUUAGUAAAAGGCAAAUCAGACCCCUAUGCCACACUCAGAGUGGGCAACAUACACUUCAAAAGCAAGACCGUGAAAAAGAAUCUACAUCCAAGAUGGGAUGAAGUGUAUGAGUUUGUUGUCCAUGAGGCCCCUGGCCAAGAGCUAGAAGUGGGGCUGUAUGAUGAAGAUGUAGAUAAAGAUGAUUUCCUUGGAAGCUAUAACCUCGAUUUGGGAGAAGUGAAGAGUGAGAAACAAAUGGAUCAGUGGUUUCCUUUGGAGGAUGUACCACACGGUGAAGUUCAUCUUAAGCUCCAGUGGUUUUCCCUUCAGACUGACACUAGCCUACUGCAGGAGUCCAACGACAACUUUGCCUGUGCUAUACUUGCGGUGUAUCUGGACAAUGCCACAGAUCUACCUAACUCAGACCACCAGAGGCUCAGGAAGAACUCAAAAGAAGCGCAGAUCACAAAGAGAGCAGCCUUUCCCAACAGCUUUGUUGAAUUUUCCAUUGACAGCAAUGUUCAGAAAAGCAAGGUUGUGUAUGCUUCCAAAGACCCGGUGUGGGAGGAGGGCUUCACCUUCUUUGUGCGUGACGUCAACACGCAGCAGCUCUUUGUUCAGGUCAAAGAGCCUGAGAAGAAGAAUCCACUCGGUGUUCUCAACUUGCCCCUCAGUCGCCUCCUCAACACCUUAGACCUGACUCUAGACGAGUACUUCCUGUUAGAGCACUCUGGAGUAAAGAGCCAGAUCAAACUGAAGGCCACGCUCAGGAUUCUUAAUUUGGAAGAGCCUCCACCCAAGACUUUCAUCAAUCCUCCUUCAGAAGUCAAACAGCAACAGGCCAGACAAGCAGGGAAUACCUCAGUCUCCAGUCCCUCCGAUGCUCCAUCCUCCUCUCACACAGUUUCCUCCAACAAUACCCCUGGUCCCUCUACUCCGAACCAAGAGGUAGCUUCACCAAAUCAAGGUUAUUUAGCUCAAGGCCGUGGCUCCUUCCAGGCAUCUAGGAAAAGGAAAUCAUCAGCGAAUGUGCGCCGGUUCACCUCUCACAGCCUGCUGUCACAGAAUUCCAUCACUUCAUCCAAUUUUGACCCCUCAGAUGAAUUCUUCUUUCCAGAAGCCAUUAGGAAUCAUCAGGGUUCAUUUGGAGAGAUUGAGCUAAAUGUACGCUACGCAACCCUGAAACAUAAGCUUAUAGUCUUUAUUAUCAGAUGCAGGAACUUAUUGCCCUGCAGUGAGAACGGCACAGACUCUUAUGUCCGCCUGUAUCUCCUCCCCGACCAAACCUGGAAGCAUCGUAAGAAGACGCAUGUCAAGAAGAGGAUGAUCAAUCCCGUCUUCAAUGAAAAGUUUGAGUUUGAUGUGUUACUUCAAGAAGCACAAGCUAGGAAGUUGGAUGUGUCUGUGAAAAACAACAGCAUUUUGGUCUCUCGAGAGAGAAAGGACAUAGGUUCGGUAAUAAUAGAUUUAUCAGAAAUGGAUCUAGUCAAAGGCGUCACAGCGUGGUAUGAACUCACUCUGCCUGAGCUGAGGAACUCCAUGUAG